AGUACAAUGGUUGUCAGGGAACUGGGUGUCACCCCGAACCUGCCCCAUUCCACUGCCGCCGAUCGCUGGCCGAGGAUGUACCGUCUGUUCAGCGUAGUGAUCGCGGCCGGCCUGCUGCUGGCCUGUCUCACCGCCUAUGUCUUGGAGAAUUACACUGUGCAGCCUGCCUUUAUCGAGAGUGGCGGCGUGCACCCGCGGACCGGUCAGCCCCCUUACCCGGGCCGGGCCAUGGACAACAUCUUCUGGUUCCUACAGGUGUCUGACCUCCAUAUCAGUAGGUUUAUAGAUCCCCAAAGAACCCCUGACUUUAAGAAAUUUUGCACAGAGACCAUUGAUGUAAUUAAGCCAGCAAUCGUUUUCGUCACAGGAGAUCUGACAGAUGCUAAGACACAGAACAGGAUCGGAUCUGUUCAACACGAGGUCGAAUGGCAAACCUAUCAGGCAAUCUUGAAACAAUCUAGCGUUUUGGAAAAGACAAAGUGGAUCGAUAUCAAAGGAAAUCAUGACACCUUCAACAUUCCAUCACUUGAGAGCAUCAAUAACUACUACAGGAAAUAUUCUGCCCAUCGUAAGGAUGGUUCCUUCCAUUAUGUACAUCAAACUCACUUUGGAAAUUACUCCUUCAUCUGUGCUGAUGCCACCCCAAGUCCUGGUCCCAAAAGACCAUUCAAUUUCUUUGGGUUCUUGAACCAGAAUAAAAUGGAUGAAUUGUCAAAGCUAGCAUCUGAAACAGUCAACAGUAAUCAAACCAUUUGGCUUGGCCAUUACACCACCUCCACUAUCAUCUCUGCCUCUCCCGGAAUACAUCAACUCAUGAGCUCUGCUAUCGCAUACCUGUGUGGACACUUACAUGCACUGGGUGGUCUCAUGCCUGUUCUGCACAGCAGAAAUGCACAAGGGACACUGGAAUUGGAGCUAGCCGACUGGAUGGACAACCGGAAAUACCGUUUAGUGGCAUUUGACCACGAUCUGUUUAGCUUUGUGGACCUGAAGUUUGACAAGUGGCCAGUAGUUCUCAUCACAAAUCCAAAGUCUGCUGUAUACAGUAGCCCAAGACAUGAGCCCCUGGGGAAAAUCAAGCAUUCUACACAUAUCCGGGUUCUAGCCUUCUCCCCAUCACAAAUCACUUCGGUCUUAAUCAGUAUUGAUGGUAUCGCUUUAGGCAAUGCGGUCCACAUCGGAGGCCCACUCUUCUCGAUAGUCUGGAGGGCCGAGGAUUACAGCAAAGGAAUACACUACAUUGAAGUCAGAGCACAGGACAUAGCUGGAAGACUUACAGUUAAAGGUCACGACUUUGCAGUGGAAGAGAUAAACCUCCUCCCUUUUGAUAUUAUGGCCUCAUUCAUCCUCCUGGCUCCUCAUUACAUUAUGGCCAGGGUUAUCUUUGUUCUGGUUUUUCUGGCUAAUAUCAUCAUUCUUGUCACCUUCCGAUACCAAAGAAAACCACAGCUUAAAGAGAGCCCUGGUGUCUUCAGUCUGACAACAUUUUCAUUUCAUAUAUUGUGCAAGACCAACAUAUUCUUCUAUCCUGUAUUGCUGUUUACUUGCUACGUAGCUUUGGGGCCCUGGUUUGUUGGUGAGGUAAUAGAUGGCCAAUUUGGCGCCUGCUUUGUCUUUGGGAUCGUAGUGGAUGGUCACUUCUUGGAGGGAAGCCUGACUUUCAUCUUUGGAAUCAUUCAGCUGACAUUUUUUAACAUUCCACUGAUGUGCUACCUGUGCUGGUGUCUACUCCUUCGAUGUCGAGGGGCCUGCUUUCGGUCACACGUCAAGUACACUGGGUGGAUUCGCACUGUCCCCAUGCACAUCUUCAUAGUGGCACUUCUCUUGUGGCAAGUCUACAGCUGCUACUUUCUGCUGAUAACUUAUGGGACAGCUGCCUUCUUCCUGUCUCCAGUAAGGACGUGGUCAGUUCUCUUGGCCCUGGUCCUUACGUACAAGGCUUGGACUCUCAACAACUCCUUCAUCAGAACAUUUAAAGCCGAAAUGAAGAACUGCCCCUACUCCUGAAGGCUGGUUGGGGACAGCCCGAGAGCUGAACACACAACGAUUGAACAUCUCGACUGCUAGUCACAAAUCUCAAACAAGUCUAUCAAAAUCACAUGGGAUGAUUGAAGAUUAAUGCUAUCAAGUAAUUCCUUCCAUUACCCUCCUCAAAAUCAACUACAAUAAGGGAAACAAGCUUGAAAUCUACUUAAAUGCAAAUGGAGAUGAUUUUCAAGAGAGGGCCUGGUAGAGGCGGCUCAAAUUUUACCUCAUCGUCACACCAAGUAUCUUUUUACAAUGCCUGCUGGUCGGAACCUGGGGGGGUGGGGGGUGUGUGUGUGUGUGUGUGUGUGUGUGUGUGUUCGUGUAUGUGUGUGUUCGUGUGUGUGCUGCCGUGUAUGUUUGUGUGUGUGUGUGCUGCCAUGUAUGUUUGUGUGUGUGUGUGCUGCCGUGUAUGUUUGUGUGUUGCCCCCUAGGGAAAAAAAUACAUUGCAUCCACAAUAUUUCUUCAUUUCAGGACUUGAGUGGAUCGAAUAAAGCAGCUGCUGCUGUUCCUGAUCUCUGUAUUGUUUUACAAGAACAAUGUGCACCACAGAAGAGACAAGGGGUCCUUUAAAGAAUGAGGGGUGUUGAACACAAUGUUAAUAAUAUUUGUUAGGUGUAAUUCUUCUGAUUAAUUUAAUUUAGAAACAAAUUCAACUUUGUGAGACAAAAAGCAAAAUGCUGCGGAUGCUGGAGAACUGAAUUAAAACAGAAAUCGUUAGAAAACAAUCAGCAAGUUCCAACAGCAUCUAUGAAAUGUCAUCAAUCUGAAACAACAAAUGUUUGCCUGUACUGAGAGAGAGCUGCCCUACGAGAGGUGCCAUCUUUUGGAUGAGAUGUUAAACCGAGGCCCUGUCUGUCCCCUUCACAUGGAUGUAAAAGAUUGUGUUGCUAUUUCAAACGAGCAGGAGAAUUUUCCUGGUGACCUGCCCAAUCCCUCAACCAAAAAGAAAGACUUGUAUUUAUAUAGUGCCUUUCACAACUACCACAUGUCUCAAAUAUUUUUGAAGUAGAGUCACUAUUGUAAUGUAGGAAAUACGGCAGCAAAUUUGCAUGCAGCAGUGUGAUAAUGACCAGUUAAUCUGUUUUAAUGACAUUGAUUGAGUGAUAAAUAUUGGCGAGACUGCAGGGAGAACUCCCCCGCUCUUAUUCAAAAUAGUGCCAUGGGAUCUUUUAUGUCCACUUUAGAAUGCAGAUGGAGUCUUGGUCUGAUGUCUCAAAUGAGAGACAGAGUCUCAAAGUGCAGCACUACCUCAAUUCUGCACUGACAUGUCAGCCUUGUGUUUUGUGCUCAAGCCCUAGAGUGGGGCUUAAACCCACAACCUUCUGACUCUAAGGGAAGAGUGCUAUCAACAGAGACACAGCUGGCCUUUAAAAAAACAAAAAAUCAGAUUAUCUGAUCAUUAUCACAUUGCUGUUUGUAGGACAUUGCUGUGUGUCAAAAUUGGCCGCUGCAUUUUGCUAUAUUACACCAGUGAAUAUUGACUGUAAGGUGCUUUGGGAUAUCCAGAGGCUGUAACAGGCACUAUAGAAAUUAAAGCUCCUUUUUUUCUCUCCACAGAUGCUGCCUUACAUGCUGAGCAUUUCCAGCAUUUUCUGUUUCUCUUGUUAAUUUGGUGAGUUUAUCUCACUGAAUGUUGUAAUCAUACGGUAAAGAAUUCUUUAAACAAUUUAUAAAAUGACUACCCAGAGAAGCACUGAAUCAAAACUCUUAUACUUUGGGAACACUUUCAUUUUGGGAACAUUAUUUGCAUUUUGAACAUAAAAGUUAAAUCACCUGGACCUUCUUGCAUGGAGGAAUUCCUGUUUACACUUUAUUGCUUGUCACCCUGGAACAUAUUUUGAAAAAAAUAAAUGCCGUUUAGGUGUUGUCAAAUCUAGUAUAAAA